AGCGUUGCGCGAACGAAUAACUCAUUCUCCGCUUCGUUUAGAACGAAACCAACAGUGUAUACGUAUAACACGUGUUAGGAUUUGAUAGUGCUGGGUCGGUGAACCUUCGAAUCCGAGUGCAACACAUUUGUAAUACUAUCGUUCAUAUUUAUAUAGUUUGUAUUGUAUCGCGGUUAUCAAUUCAGAGUUUACGUUACAGUAGACGCUUAUGUAAACACACUAUCGCUUAUGGAAAAGUUACAAGGAUGAAGGUAAAGGAGUUGCUCAAGACUGUCAACGUAGCAUGGUCACCGCCGGCUCAAUAUCCUAUACUGCUGGCUGCUGGUACCGCAGCCCAACAACUCGAUGCAAGUUUUAAUACCUCCGCCAGCUUGGAUUUGUAUUCGUUGAAUUUACAGCAACCAGGAUAUGAUCUGGAAUUGAAAUCCAGUGUUGCGAGCGAUCAUAGAUUCCAUAAAAUAAUAUGGGGCUCUUAUGGAACCAAUCCUGCUGGAAUAAUUGUUGGCGGCUGCGAUUAUGGAAUGAUAAAGAUUUAUUCUGCGGCCAGAUUAUUGGCAAACGAUAAUAAUUGUUUACUCAGCAGUCCAGACAGACAUACGGGCCCAGUCAGAGCCCUAGACUUCAACCCUUUCCAAGCAAAUUUAUUAGCGACUGGAGCAACGGAAAGUGAAAUUUAUAUUUGGGAUAUCGUUAAUACAGCUACUCCAAUGACUCCCGGAUCCAGGAGUCAGCCAUUAGAGGAUGUACAACAUAUUGCAUGGAAUAAGCAAGUACAACACAUUCUUGCAUCCACAUUUUCACAACGAUGCGUCAUAUGGGACUUAAGAAAAAAUGAGCCCAUAAUCAAGUUGACAGAUGCAAACUCAAGAGUACGAUGGAAAGUAGUUCAAUGGCAUCCGGAUGUAGCGACACAAUUAUGCCUGGCAUCAGAGGAUGAUCAAGCUCCCAUAAUUGAGUUAUGGGAUUUAAGAUUCGCAACGUCCCCGCUAAAAACACUCCAAAAUCACCAACGUGGUGUUUUAUCGAUCGCGUGGAAUCCGCACGAUCCAGACUUGCUUUUAAGCUGUGCCAAAGAUAAUAGAAUAUUAUGCUGGAAUCCUAACUCGGAGGCACCAAACGGUGAAGUGAUAUGCGAACUAGCACAAACAAAUCAGUGGAAUUUCGAUGUUUCAUGGUGUCCGAGGCAUCCAGGAUUAGUUGUGGGAACUAGUUUUGAUGGACACGCAGCAGUUUACUCUUUGUUGGGUGGACAACAACAAAUGGCUACCGAAACGUCUAACAAAAUAGUAGAUUCUUUCCCUGGAAUGGAUCCUUUUACACAGCCUCCUCCUACAAUGCAAUCGGAACCAGCGGUCACAUUAACAAAAGCUCCUAAAUGGUUAAAAAAACCAUUCGGGGCUUCUUUCGGUUUUGGCGGUAAAUUGACAAUAUUUGAGAAUCAACCUGCAGAUCCCAAUAUGCCUGCGAGUGCAAGCAGAACGGUAAUUUUGUCGCAAGUGAUCACGCAACCGGAACUAAUCCAACGUUCUAACGAAUUGGAAGAAGUACUCAAAACUGAGCAAUACAAUGAAUACUGUAAAGGAAAGGCUGAGAAAAUGACUGAUGUACAUAGAAAAAAGAUAUGGAACUGUGUGGGAGCGUAUUUCGGGGAAAACGUGACGAAAGAAAUAUUGGAGUUGCUGGGAUAUAAUGUAGAAGCAAUGAACAAUAAACUGAAUCAAUUCAUUCCUCAAGAGGAUGUCAACAGUAUUACAGAGGGAGUUGACAAUCUGAAUAAUGUACUUAACGGAAACAUUAUGGAUGGAAGUGCAGCGUUUGAUGCCAUUGCACAAGAACAAAGCAAAAAGCCGUCCAUAAUUUCUCCAAUAAAUAAUGAUAUGAAACUGAACGUGUCCGAUGAUGAGGAUGGGCUUAUUACUCAAGCAAUCCUCUUAGGAAACAUCGAGGCUGCUGUAUCUUUGUGCUUUGCCAAUAAGCGGUAUGCAGAUGCAGUCAUUCUUUCGAUGGCCGCUGGACCCGAAUUACUAGCACGCACCCAGUACAGGUACUUUUCAGAGCAUACCGGUGCUCUAAAUUCUCUUAUUAGUUCAUUAGUCAGCGAAAACUGGGCUGACAUUGUUAAAGGCAGUGAUAUAAACUGCUGGAGAGAAGUAUUGAUUGGAAUAUUCACCCAUUCGAAUCCGCAGGAACGAUCUACUUUGUGCGAUAUGCUUGGUGAUCGUCUGGCAUUGUCCGACAAUCCAACUUUGAAGGACGAGGCUCAAAUUUGCUACAUUUGUUCCGGAAAUCUGAACAAAAUGGUAGAAUCCUUGAACGUCGACAUUCAAGAGGUAGUGGAGUUGGUAAUGAUAAUGCAAAAAGCAUUGGAGUUGCAAGGUACUAGAGACACACGGAUAGAAGGACAAAUUGCCAGCGUUUUGUCUCAGUACGCGCAAAUGUUAGCGGCCGAGGGUGACCUUGAAGCUGCUCUAAAUUACCUUGGGAACAGCCAAGACGAGAAGAUCGUGAUGUUAAAAGACAGAUUGUGUAGAGCGUUAGGAUAUAUCCAAGACUCUAGGAGUAUGACGAAAGCGCCGAGGGCACAGAAUUACUAUGAUCAAACGAGGAGGCCUUCGCAAACGAGCCAUUCGCAGAACCUAUUACUCACAUCAAGGUCACAAUCAAGACCUUACAUCGAUUCAAACGUUGCACCCGCAAAACAAUCAUUUGCACCACCCGCGAACCAAUUCAAUACGCAGCAACAACCUCUCGGGUUUCCUGCUACCAAUCCUCUUCAACCACACAUGCAGUCUCAGUUACAAUACGAUCAGUACGCACCAGCUCACUCUUAUGGUUCUGCUCCUGUGACUCAACCUCCUCCUCCCCCGCCUCCAACCGGAUCUAGUAAUGUUGGGUCUCGACCAUCCAGUGUUGGGCCUCAAGCGAGAUCGAAAUACGUGAUAGACCCAUCGGUGAAGUCUACCGCACCCUAUGGUCAAACCGGUUAUACUCAACAAUCAUACAGUAAUCAACAAAUAUCUCCACUGUCGAACUAUUCUGCACCAAACGCGUACCAGCCACAAAUUCCUAUGCCUUCGAAUCCAUAUCCUGCACAGAACUUUACAGCCGCUCCGAAGGAACAGGAACCAUUCAAACCAGUUCAGACUAGCAUGUUAACACCGAUGCAACCAUCGGUGCAAACGCAAAUGUACGAUCCGAUUAGAACGCAACCAUCGCCACAAUCUCGGCCUUAUGGAAAUGAAAACAUGUAUCAGGCAUCUCCACAACCAGCCGGGUGGAAUGAUCCACCUGCCGCCAAAAGCAGAAUGCAGUUGAAACAGGAGUAUCAGCCACAGAAUCCAAUUCUGCAUCCAUUGAGAGGUGCUACGAAUCAACCGGAGCCGGACCUUUUGCCUCAAGAAAAGUUUUAUCCGGACGUUCAAGCACCUUACAAUCCCCAGCAGUAUAAUCAGAAUGUGUCGAACAUGAAUGCUCAAUUUGCCAGACAAGUAGAGCCACUGCAACCUGCUGCAGUUGUGAAAGCACCGGAGCCUGAAAAAUCGAAAGCACCAAUCCCAGAACAACAUGUACAUUUAAAAACAGUAUUCGAUGAACUAAAGAAUCAAUGUUACGAAAAUGCUAAAAACCCGCAAAUCAAAAGGAAGAUAGAAGACGUGUCCAGAAAGUUGGAAGUUUUGUACGAUUGUCUUAGAGAAAAUAAAUUGUCCCAAAAUACCUUGCAGGCUCUGCAUCAAAUAUCACAGAUGAUACAAAACGGAAAUUACACCGGAGGUUUAGAUUUUCACACGCAACUGGUCUCCGGUCCCGAUUUCAGUCAAAUAUCCUCCUUCAUGCCCGGUAUUAAAGUAUUACUUCUAAGUGCCCUUCAAUUGAAUGUCUACAUUAGAUAGAACGUAACAUAAAAACGGAUACUUCAAUUCAUUUUUAUAAUUUGCAAUUUUAUAAUUCUCAUCCAAUGAGAUAUCUAUGUUGCAUUCACUUACCAUAACGUACGCCGCCAAUAAUGAUAGCCAGAACUAUUCGAAAACGAACUUUGUUGCUUAAUUGUAUCAUACAGAAAUUAUAAAACUUACAUCUGAAUGUAGCUAACGAGAAUUCGAUGAGCAUGUAUUAUUAAUCCUAUACAACUAAAACGGUCAUUAUGCGAGAGAAAGAAGUGUAUAAAAAUGUAGGACGAAAUAUUAAAGUCGAGAACAUCUACAACGUUCCCAUAAAUAUUGUUAAUCAAACUCAUCCUUUUAAUUAUUGUGUAUAUAAUAUUAAAGUUGGCUUAAAAAGAUCACGUGUAUAUUUUGAAAUAAAAAAUUAUAUAAUUUUACUCAAAUUAUAUAUAUAUAUAUAUAUAAAUAUUAAAUUGUUCUUGAAAAUAGGGAAAUUAUGGAAUAAUCAGACUGUGUAGAAUGGCUGCUUUUUCGUUAAGAAUAAACUUUUGUAACAGUU